AUGUACCAAGAGCCCUACCGACUCAUUAAAGUGCCUGCGAAUCAACUGAAGCUGACCGAGGCGGAACUCAAAGAAGAACACACCCGAGUGCUAACGGCGAAUGACCCCAACGUGCCCAAUAAUAUUACGAAAUAUAACUACCACAGUCGCUGUUACAAAGUUGAUCCCCCUGGGGGGCAAGAUAAUUUAGCUAUCCAUUUCUCUCUCGAGGGCUGCUCUUUGCACCGAGACAGCAACGAGGCAAAAGAGCAGGCAACUUACUACCUCAAAUACAAAGAAGACCUGGCAGAAGCAAAGAAGCUGAUAGUCGAGGAACACGGAAAAGAUGAAGAUGAGGAUGAUUUAUUUGAAAAUAGGAAAAACCAGUUCAAUUAUUCAGAAAGAGCGGCCCAAACCUUUAACAAUCCUUUAAGGGAGCGUUGCAUUUCUACGAAACCACCCGCCGUGGUCAACUUUUCUGGGACAGUUUCACAGUGGGAAAUAUAUGACAGGUACAUGAGCGACUAUGCAAUGCAAAUGGCUGAGCAGGAACUCCUAAAAAGUCAGGAGAAGAAAAAGACAGGGAUCGGGUCUACCUCAAACGGUGGAUUGCAGAAUACGACGGUGUCAAAAGAAGAUGACAUGGUGCACUCUCAGCGCAUGGGAAAUGCACUGAAGAUCCUUGAGCGCAUGGUGAAUCAAAACGCAGAUGAUGAGAUAUUUCAGGACUUUAAAUACUGGGAGGACGCGUCGGAUGCCUUCCGCGAUGGCGAGGGGUCUCUGCUACCUCUCUGGCGCUUCCACACGGAGCGAUCGAAGCGCAAGCAAGUAACUGCGUUGGCGUGGAAUCCGAAGUACCCUGAUCUCUUUUCCGUCGGAUAUGGUUCCUACGACUUCAUGCGCCAGGGAAGUGGUAUGGUGUGUUGCUUUUCCCUGAAGAAUACGAGCUAUCCCGAGUAUACUUUUACAACAGAAAGUGGGGUCAUGUGUCUGAACUUCCACCCAGAGCACUGUUCGCUACUCGCAGUCGGUUGCUAUGACGGUAUUGUUAUGGUAUACGAUGUGAGACACAAAGGCAACCGGCCGAUCUACGCGUCUUCAAUAAAAACGGGGAAGCACACUGAUCCAGUGUGGCAGGUGCAAUGGCAGAUAGAGGAUCUUGCGAAGGAGUUGAAUUUCUUCUCCAUCUCUUCAGACGGUCGAGUUGCCAACUGGACCAUGUCAAAAAACGAAUUGAAAAUGGAACCAGUGAUGCAGUUAAAAUUGGUCAGCACAUCGAAGGACGAUCCGGAGGAGACACUGUUAUCCGGUCUAGCAGGCGGUUGUUGCUUUGACUUCAAUCGCGUCUCCGAGCACCUCUUCAUUGUCGGCACAGAGGAGGGAAAAAUUCAUAAGUGUUCAAAAGCCUAUUCAGGUCAAUAUCUAGAGACCUACCUUGGUCACCACAUGGCUGUCUACACAAUUCGAUGGAACCCGUUUCAUCCUCGGGUAUUUAUAUCAUGCUCGGCUGAUUGGACAGUCAAGCUAUGGGAUCAUAAUGUCCCGACCGCGAUCAUGUCGUUCGAUUUGGGGAAUGCGGUUGGAGAUGUUGCAUGGUCUCCGUAUUCUGCGACUGUCUUUGCAGCAGUGACAUCUGAUGGGAAAGUACAUAUCUUUGAUCUUGCUGAAAAUAAGCAUGAGCCUCUAUGCGAGCAAAAAGUUGUCAAACGCGCCAAACUCACACAUGUGGUCUUUAAUCAGCGGGAUCCCAUCCUCAUAGUGGGCGACGAUCGUGGAGGUUGCAAUUCAUUGAAGCUUUCACCAAACCUAAGGCUAAUUCACGAUCCCUUGGGCGAGGAGGCCAGUGCUGGGCUGACAAAAGAAGUCACGACGCAACGUCAGAUCGACAAUAUGGAUCGUCUCCUAGCCUCUGUCGACACGAAGCCUGUUGGUCAGUGA